AUGGAGGGGCCACGGCUUCCUCCCUCCGCCGCCGCCCAUGAAUCCGACGAUGACAAACCCGAUGAUCCUCCUUCUGUUUGGCAUCGUCCAACCUCCAGUCUCCCCUCGUUGCCCUUUCAAGAUCCUCCACCACACCAUUGGCGUAAUCAUUCUCUUGACUUCUCUUCGAUCCCAACCACACCUCUUUCGUCUCUUGCUCCUCCGGAUUCAAUCCCUGAGCUAGAGACUUACGUUGUUCAGGUCCCGAGAGAUCAAGUCUAUUGGACUCCUCCUCCGGACCAUGCAAAAUACGUGGAAAAACGCAGGAAAAACCCGGAGAAAAACAAGAAAAGUGGAUGUUCUAAACGUCUUAUGUGGUUCCUCAUCAUCUUGAUCGCUUUUGGAUUCAUCCUCGGUGCAAUCACUCUCGUCCUCCAUUUUGCUUUCAACCCCGCUCUUCCGGUUUUCGCAAUAGAGAAAUUCUCCUUUGUACCUAGUAAUUUCGAGGUCACCUUGAAAGCCGAGAAUCCGACAUCUAACAUGGGGGUAAGCUAUAUGAUGAGAAAAAACGGGGUAGUUUCCUUAACAUACAAGGAUAAAAGCCUGGGACGCGGGAAAUUCCCCAGGCUGUCCCAAGUGGCGAUGGGAUCUGACAAGAUUAGUUUGAAGCUCAAUGGGUCGACCAAGAAUGCGGCUAUGCCACCUAGUGGAUCGAAAUUACCGCUGAGUUUGGUGCUGAAGAUUGAGCUGAAGGCAGAGUAUGAAGCAGGACCGGUGAAAAAGAACAAGGAAGCGGCGGUGACUUGUGAUGUUAAGGUUAAGGGAUUAUUAGAUGCGAAGAAGGUUGAGAUUGUGUCGGAGAAUUGUGAGAGUGAGUUCAAGAACUGA